AUGUUUUGGCGCUUCGGGGGAUACGCGAGUGUCUCCACCAUUGAUACCCUGCUCGACAAGCCUGAUGUCAGUCUCGAAGAGCUGUUGGACGAGUCAGAGUUGAUCCAGGAGCUCAAGCAACAUAAUACGAAACUCAUCGAAUAUCUACGAGAAGAUAAUGUCUUGAAACGCCUUAUGGACUACGUGAUUGCACCCAGCCUGGUGAACGAGGAUGAUGAUGACGACGAGGACGAUUCGCACGACUCUAAUGCCCCUCAAACGAAUAAAGAUGCUUCAACCGAAGGAGAGAAGAAAGUCGACCCGCUGAAGGAGAUCUUGGAUCCUGAAGAUCUGGACCGAGCUGAGAAGAACCGUUUGAAGCAUGCGUACAUCGCGUGCGAAAUUCUCUCGUCUGAGACAUGGUCGAUAUUGGAGUCAAUAAUGGCGAACACAAGCUACCUGCGCGACUUUUGGGGCUUUGUGAGGAGACGACCGUCUCUGGAUCCUAUCCAGGCGGGCUACUUUACGAAAGUCAACGAAACGUUGUUUGAUCGAAAGACCAGUGAGAUGCUGGAGUUCUUCAAGUCUCUGGACGGUAUAGUUCCGGCGAUCCUCCAGCAUGUCGACAAUCCCAUGGUCAUGGACCUCUUGUUGAAGAUUAUCAGUCUGGAGAAGGCCGAAGGAGGCCAGGGAAUUGUGGAUUGGCUGAAAACACAGAACCUAAUUCCUAUUCUUUUGUCCUUCUUAACACCUGAACAUCCAGCCUCCGUGCAAACCUCUGCAGGAGACUUUCUCAAGGCCAUUAUCACUAUUUCGGCAAAUGCGACUCAGAACGACCAAUCCUGCAUUGGACCCAAUAGUCUCACUCGUCAGCUCGUCUCCGCGCAAUGCGUAGAGACUCUAAUCACGGCCAUGUUGCAAGGUGGAAAUCCGUUGACAGUGGGCGUUGGUAUCGUAAUUGAAGUUAUUCGGAAAAAUAACUCGGAUUACGACCCAGAGACCAUCGGUGGCCCUGAUUCGCCUCCUACGACAUACGACCCUAUCUAUCUGGGCAACCUUCUACGGGUUUUUGCCAAACAUAUACCAGACUUUAUGGCACUGAUUCGAAGCUCCAAGCAUACGAUCAAUGACAAUGGAAAAGUACGAAGCGUGGAGAGAGGACAGCUGAGCUCUGCUUGGGGCGCUAAAAUUGAGCCUCUCGGCUUUGACCGUUUCAAGUCAUGCGAAUUGAUGGCAGAACUGUUGCACUGCAGUAACAUGGGUCUUCUGAACGAACCUGGAAGUGAUGAGUAUGUCCGCCAACGCGAUGCUGAACGAGAGAGACUGUUCCGCGAAGGUGCCUUCAAUCCGCACAAAGAGUCGUCUGCUCUCGAAGGCAACGAUUCCACCGCAGACUUUAUCAAUGGUUCUGUUAUCGACUCCGGCUCCCCUGAGGAUUCUCGAGUCAUUGAAAUUUCGAACGCUGGUGAGGAUGGGUUCGAGGAUGUCGAUUCUUCUGGUGUCCUGGUCGACAAGGAGAAACUUGCCGAGAGAAAGGAGCCUGAUAGUCAGCAGACGGAGCCGGAAGUGGGUGAUGAACCGAGAACAUCAGCCACGAUGAACGACGAAGUAAAAGAUGCCGGCGAAGCCAAUGAUCAUGCUGAAGCUGAAAUGGACACAAAAGGAAACAGCUCCGCCAAGGAUCUCCCGCCUACGGUGUCUGACCUAACAGACCAACUCAAUGCAAUGGAUCUGGGAGACCAACGGGCCUCCGAGGAAACCACGGCCCAGGAAGAUGUCGAAAAGUCUGAAACUCUCCCCUCGAAUGACUCGGAUACGUCCUCCGCUGCACAAAUGUCGUCCGAACCUGAAGCCGUACCAGCGCCUCUGUUCUCCAAAACACAACAGGAAAAGGAAUCAGUAGCUUCAACACCUGAUACUGCAGCACCUGAUACUGCUGGCCAGGUCGGGAAUGCUCAAGAUUCGACGGACCCUGGAUCAGAAUCGGUGCCCUCAAACACCGAUGCUGAAGACGUGCGGGCGCACAUCAAUUCCUACGUUCAGCUCGAUCCGAACGGCGAGCCUGUCGUUGGUGAUUAUCUCAAAAUUAUGUUUGUGAAGAAUCAGGUCGUACCCACGAUACUGGAUUUCUUCUUCCGCUUUCCCUGGAACAACUUCCUUCACAACGUUGUGUAUGAUGUUGUUCAGCAAGUUUUCAAUGGACCUAUGGAGCGUGGAUACAACAGAUGUCUUGCGAUCGAUCUUUUUGAGACAGGGCGCAUUACGCAGGCGAUUGUUGCUGGACAGAAACGAAGCGAGGAAGCGCAGCGGACGCAACGCAUCAGACUCGGCUACAUGGGACAUCUUACCCUCAUUGCGGAAGAAGUCGUCAAGUUUAGCGAGCGUCAUCCGCCCGAACUACUUUCUCCUACAGUGAUGGAAAGCGUCUUGAACCCGGAGUGGAUCGAUUACGUGGAACAAACUCUUUCCGAGACGCGAGAACGAGAUAAUGCAAUCCUCGGCGGUGUACGACCAGAUAUGGCUAUCGGGCACCGUCAGGGCCUGCUGAAUCAAGUUCAAAGCAUGAACGCUUCUUCAGCACUCGCCGAGGCUGGCUUGAAUGGCGGUGUCAGCAAUUCAGGCUUCCAAAACUUCGACAUGAACCAGGGCAGUGUUUCUGGUGGCGCUUUUGGUCUUGGUGGCGGCAGCAGCUCUCUGCUGAGUGGCUUCGGAAGCUCCAGCGACGAUGAGGACGAGGAAAUGGAAGAACAAGACGACAGAAACCUAACCGAGCAAACCGCUGAAGGUGGUUCUGAAAAUGUGGGUGAUGAUUUCUUUACUGACGUUGACAUGCACGAUGCAUGA